AUGCAACAAGAUGAAACAACUUCAACAUCAGCAACACAGUAUCAACAACAACAACCCUCAAUAGGAUCUAAUGCUUCGGAGAAGAUGGAACGAAUGGCCACUUCUAGUUUUUCUUCGCCGUCUGUCAUACGUGGUGAUUUAAACCAACUUCUCGAAAUGAUCCAUGAGAAAGACGCUCGGAUCAAAGAAUUAGAACGGGAUUUAAACGAUUCAAACAAAUUAGCUUCGGAGGUACAAUUUCGUCUUCUUGAAACGAAACGAAUCAUUGAAGAGAGAGAGCGGAGUGUCAAUUCAAAUGUGCCAGAAGAACUCAAAUCUGUGGUUAUGAAUUUGAACAAGCGAAUAGAGACUGAAAUUUUGGAGAAGGAAGUGCUUCAAAAAGAAGCCAACCAUUACAAAUCCUCGUUGAAAAUGUACAAAAAAGAAAAUAAGGAUUUAAAAGACAUGAUUCAAGACUUGACCAAAAAGAAUGCCUCUUUAGCUGAAGAUCUUGUAAAAAUUCAAAGAGAUCACGACACUCGAACAGAGCUAAUCGAAAACAAGAACAAGGAAGAAGAAGAGUCAAACACGUCACUCAUCAAAAAAUAUGAACGACUCAAGAUGAAGAGCAGAGAGAUGUCAUCCUCUCUGGAACAAUACAAAAAGCAAUCGGAGCAAACCUCUUCGGAAUUGGAGCAAACAAAACAAAAGUGUACAGAGCUUCAAAAUCAAGUGGCGUUCUUGCAAGGCCAAUUGUCACAAGAGCUCAAACGAAGAGAGGAUCAUGUAGAAGAAAAGAAGCGACUUUUGACAGAAAUUAAUAAUUUCAAGAAAAUGGCUGAUGAAAGCCAAAAAACACUCAACAAUUUAAAACAAGAACAAUUCAACACUCAACGAUUAUUGACGCACACGGCCGAACAACGAAAGAAGCUUGACACGUUGGAAAAUGAAAAUAGAAAAUUGCCAGAGUACGAAGAAAAGUUAAAAACCUUCAAGGCACAAAUUGACAAGCUGCAACAACAAAAAUCGGAACUCUCCGACCAACUUACAGAAGCUCGUAACUAUAUCGAUACGUUGCAAUCGGAGCGAGCUCAAACCAAUGCUGCUACACAAAAAAUCCUUGCAGCCAAUGAAGAAGAGAUUAAUUAUUUAAAAACUCAAUUGAAAAAGAGACAAGACGAAAUUGAACAUUUUCAAGAGCUCACCAAAGAAUUAGAGGCAGAAAUGUCUCGUCGAAAAGUUGAAAAUAAUGAACUGGUGUCCAAAUAUUUCACAUUGAAAGAAGAGCAUGAAACAACAGUGGCGCAAAUUAACGAAUAUCAUCAAGGAGUGGCUGCUCUCAAAGUCCAACUCACACACUUUGCAAAGAUACAAGCCCAAUUUAAUGCCUUGAAGGAAGAAAACGAAUCUUUACGAACGGUCAACGCCAAAUACAUGGAACGAUUUGCAGAGACAGAAAACGAGUUGUUAGAAAAGAACGAACAAAUAAGGACAGCCUCUAAGCAAUUGAUGGAAAAAAAGAAAGAAAACAAGCGAGAAAAGAUGACAUACAACCAAGAACUGCGUGAAGCGCUAGAGAGAAAUAAGGAACUUCAAACAAAACUCACAUCAGCAGAAAAUGCCAUUGAAGAUUUUCGAGAAAAGUUGAAAACCUUCGUCAAGCAAUUGAAUGAUACACAGAAACUUAAUAAGCAAGAUAAAGACAUGCUUAAAGAACAGCUUGACAAGAAUGCUCAACUCAAUGAGGAAAUCAAGAAAUUGAAUGUGACAGUGUCAAAUCUGAAACGAAAUUUAAAACAAAAGGAAGAUGAACUAUCCAUCAAGAAUAAUGCCAUUGAAUCAUUAAGACAAGAAAAAGAAAUAGAGACUAAAAAAGCCUCUGAAUACAUGUCCAAAGCGAAAGACACUGGUGAUCUUGAAGAACGAUACAAACGAUUAGUGCAGUCCAAUGCUCGAAAAGAUCAACUCUGUAAGGAACAAAAGACCAAACUUACUCUCACCGAAGAAGAAAAUAAGAAAAUGAUUGCAGUUGUGUGUACAUUGAAACAGAAGAGCAAAGAACUCAUUCAAGAGAUGCAACGAAUUGAGACAGAAGGAAAAAAUAGAAUUGCAGAGCUGGAACAAGCAAUACAAGAUCUGCGAGCAGAGAAUGAAAAGAAGGAUGACAACAUUUCGCAACUAAAGAAGGAAUUGAAGGAAGUCACGAAAGGAUCUCAAAACGAAUUAUCAUCCAAAGAUACUCUCAUUAGUAAUUUGGAAAAGGAGAUUAAAUCAAUUCGAGAACAAAAAGAUCAUGAAAUUAUGCUCUUGAUCCAAAGAAUAGAGCAACAAAAGCAAGCGAUUAUGGACUAUAUAGAAAAAGAAAAGUCGAAAGAUGUUCUGACGCCUGCCACUGUCAACAAUAAUAGUGUGGCCACUACUACGGAAAAUAGUUGUGACAGGUCAUGCCCACUUCCAUUUCUUUCUGCAUCAGAGUACGAGGAUAUUAUGAGUACAUUACGGAAACCCUCUCUUCAUUUACUUAAACAGCAAAUUCUUUAA